CGUGUUUGUCUCAAAACAUCAACAUGCUUUGAAAAGCUUGACGGAAGCUCAGUGUUUGUGGCAAUCGGAUAGCAACUGUAACUUGGUGGCAAAUUCAAAUUUAGUAAAAAGAGGAGAUGGAGAAAGAGUGCUACUGCGAGAAGGUGGAGGUUGGGCGGAAGCCCUACAUGCUCAUAUGUGGUGAAUGUAAAAAACACUUCCAUGCAGCAUGUUUGGAAACGGGCAAACUUUCACCACUAGAUGGCGACAUAUUCUAUCACUUCAAGUGCCGAUGUUGCGGAGACGAGGGGAAGGAAGAAUUUGAAAGGAUGAAGAUGCAGUGGCUGCAAGUGGUCAUGCUAACUCUCUAUAAUCUCCAGCUCAGUGGAAAUGGUAAAUGUGGGUAUUUCCGCUGGAAGGAACAUAUAUGUGCAUUCAUAGACAAGCACUGGUCCCUGUUGUUUGCCUCACACAGGAAGAAGACAUCUCUGUGGCACGGGACGGUGGCCGGCACUCUGUCCACAGGGUGCCCAGGCUACUUCACAUCGGGGGCCAACGUCCUUGGGGAGGCUGGCUGGUGGAAACUGACAGACAUGAAACCUCCCAUGCUUAAAGUCGGUCAGUCAUGUCUUCGUCCAGCUCGUAAGAAGCAUGAUCAGACGUCAACUAUUGACCCUGCAGCAGUAAUCAAGGUAGAGGGCCUGCGGUCAAGGCAUGGCAAGUCCUCCAUUCAGGCGGCCAUGGAACUCAAGGUCAAGAGGUCAACCUUGACAGAAGCCAAAGAGAUUCGUAAAGCCAAAGCCAGCUGCAAGACACCUGAGUCGACACCGCCCAAUCCAUCUUCAUCAGGCUCAUCCAGUUCUACCUCACAUCAAGCAUCUGUGUCACCAGCUGCUACACCUCCUCUCCCAGACGUGGAGACCUUCGGACUCUUCCAACAUGACGAUACUCAGAAGACUAAAAUGUGUGACAUAGUGAAAAACACAACAGCAUCAGAUGUAGGAUUAAAACGAUCCAAAAAGUCAUCAGACUGUCAUGUUAAGCAGGAAUCUGCGGACACCAGUUACACAACUACUGAGAAUGUUUCCAUGGUUAAUGUGAAAGAAGAACCUCCAGAUUCUGAGAGCAGCAUGGCGUCUGCUUCUUUCCAGUCCGCUUUCAGUUGGUCCAUCAAGGCUGAGCCAGAUGAGGACAGUCAGUUUUCUCGCUCCAGCAGUCACAUGUGGUUCACAGAUAAGGAUACCAAGGCUCCAGACACUAUGCCAGAGCUGUUUCUGAAUGACGACUCUGACAGUGACUUUGAGAUCGACCCAGGAACAAUGUCCCCUCCGAGUGGGAUGUGGUCGACCAGUUUUAGAGCCUCUCCGUCUGUACAAGAUAUCCUGUCUUCCAUAGAUGACAAUUCCCGACAGUCCGGAGACUCCACAGUCAACCAACCAGUAUCCAAGCAAGCAGUUAUCAGUAUCAAAUCGGAGUCUGAAACACCUGCCAAGUCUGAUAAUGAAGCUGAGCCAGAGGCAGAGGAGUCCGAGGCAGAGGAGUCUGACCAAGAUGAUUCUUCAGUUCACAAGAAGCGGAGACUGGACGGAGGCGAGGACGAGAAGCCUGAGGAACCUCCUCCGCCAAAUUUCUCCCCGAUGAGUCUGUAUGAUGAAAUCCAGCUCCUGAAGAAACUAAACAUGGUGGCAGAGAAGAUGACAUUGGAACCGCAACUGAACCGAUUCCGCAGGAAACUGGUCAUCAGACAGCUGAAGAGGGAGAGAGGCAUGCCUGUAUUUGACCUUGACCUUGAAAUGAAGAAGAUGAUGCAGAAGGACUUCGGGCACAUGCAGGACAUGGAUGACGGAUUUGAUCAGAGAUCACAAAUGAGGUCACUGAUGAGACCUAGGGGUGCUGAUCUUCGCAUUCUGGACAGGUUUCAGUGCAAUCCAAUGAGAUCCAAGGCUUCAUCACAGCAGUUCUCUUCAUUCAUGAACCGAUUGGUAGGCACAGAUGAUGAUCAGCUUCCUUGUAUCACAAGCCCAUACACAACAAGAGUGCUGAAGCCCUUCAUUCGUCGUGAUCAUGAAACCAAACCCCUCAAGAUGAGGCUCCUGGAGGAGAUUGUGGCAUACCCACACAGUGCUGACUCGUCAUGGCAACCACCUCCUUCUCCCCCUAUUGAUUACUGCUACGUGAGACCUCAACAUAUUCCAUCCGUCAACAUACUGUGCCGAGAGUUCUUCUGGCCAGGCAUUGACUUGUCUGAGUGUCUCCAGUACCCAGAUUUCAGCUGUGUAGUUCUGUACAGGAAAGUGAUCAUAGGCUUUGCUUUCAUGGUUCCGGAUGUGAAGUACAAUGAGGCAUACAUUUCCUUCAUCUUUGUCCAUCCGGAGUGGCGGGGAGCUGGCAUAGCGAGCUUCAUGCUCUACCAUCUCAUUCAGACGUGUAUGGGGAAGGAUGUCACCCUCCAUGUGUCGGCCACAAACACGGCCAUGAUGCUGUACCAGAAGUUUGGCUUCAAGACAGAAGAGUUCAUCCUCGACUUCUACGACAAAUACUAUCCCAUUGACAGUCGGGAAUGUAAACAUGCUUUCUUCCUCCGACUGAGGAGAUGAAUAAAUUUCAUAUUUCAUGCAA